UGGCACCGAUCCUAUGGUUUUCCUAAACUACGCUCUUUUGACCAUAAUGUACACAGCCAUGGGUUUGUACUUCUAUGCCUUCUGUCAACUCUACAAAAUAUUUGCAUAUAUCAACAUUGCACUACGCAGCUUGGGCAAGCAAUUCGGUCAACUGUUGAGCAUUCGGCAUCAACAGGUUCUUGGCCAAAUACCGCUGGAGGAUGUAACGCGGCAUUUGGGUGUUCUAAACGGAAUGCAUUUUAAUUGCUUUUGUUUAACGCAACGCAUUUUCCACCUGUGCGAAUUGUCUUUCGCUGCAAUUUUCCUGAGGCUCUUCACCACAAAUGUGCGCGUUAUUUAUCAGGUGGUGUGGUUCUUAAAUCACGACAUCGCCGCUGAUACGUGGAUUUUAGUAAAUACCUUCACAGUGGUUUUUUUAUACUCCUGGGAUAUGUUCCUGUUGAUGCGAGUCAUUGAUGACUUGCUCAGUGCUUCUCGCACCACCGCUCACAUUCUACGCCAGUUCACCCACAAUGAAUUGCAACUGCAAGCGAAUCGGAAUUGCAUUCAAACGUUAACUAUUUUUGCUGAUUAUCUCAGAUGCCAUAAACUGAGUUUUUUGAUUUGCGGAUUUUUCCACUUCAACAAGGAAGCGAGUUUGAAAUAUUUCUUUACUGUGAUUGUACAAGUCAUUGUUUUAGUGCAGUUCGAUAUGCAGCGGAGUUUACACAACGCAGAGCAAUAAUGAAUUUCAAUGUAUUAUAUCGGAAAUGAAUGUUAUUGAAAAAAAAUAAAAUGUUUAAAAUAUAAUAUAUG